AUGGAAGACAUCGGAUGGAAUGGAAAAUCCCCUCAUGAAGAGGGCCCCAACUUCUGCCGGUUAGUAAUGGUACCAUCGACACACAUGGAACGAGAAGUGAGCAUGAUGACUGAGAUACCUUAUGAGGCCAACGACCUACAGGACAAGUGGCGCGAGGAUCUUGUUGCGAUGGUCCAGCGCCAACACGAACGCUGGCCAUUCAAAGAGGGCAAGAGGCGCUUCACCUCGAAGACAAACAUGGUGCACAUGCGCGCCGUCCUCCUCAACCCAGCAUAUGGCUUUACGAGGCCUCAAGCCACUGCUUCCAAACAAGUCGCAGCUCAGCGCAGCAAUGCUGUGUCUGCGGAUGGGCCAAUUCCACCACCACCACCACCGCCGGUGCUGUCAUCAGCACCUUCGCCACCUCCAACUCUGCCACCACCUUUGCCUCUGGCACUGCCAUCUCUGCAACCUACCACUGUUCAAACUGAGGAUCCGGUGGGGACUGAGCUCGAACAUGGUGCUGAGAUGGACUUUGGUAGCUGCGCCCUGCCAGGUUCGGCUGUGCAGGAUGUGGAUCUCUAUGUGGACUUUAUGCAUCCUAGUGCUGACCUUGAGCGCUUUGCGUACUCAGUCACUCUUGAGCAGGUUGGUGCACUGAAUGACCUGACGGGUGAGUGGCAAGGAAGCACCAUGCAGCUCAUUGAACGGCUGCAUGAGAAAGCUCCUGGCAUUGAAGAUGCCUUGGAUAUCACGUACCCAGAUCCAGCUCACCCCGAGUAUUUGCGGCGGCUUGUGUCUGCUGCUGCGGGUGGACUGCUGCGUUCAGCCCCAGAUGCUCCCAGCAUCCAUAUUCCAGCGGACAAUGUUCUGACGCUGCAUGUUAGGUUUGGGCAGAUGAGGGCAGCUGCCACUGCUCCUACUCCAGGCGCUACUUCUGCUCCAGGCACUGCUCAUGGCCAGCGCUGUGCCACUGCAUCUGGCUCCUGCGCAUCUCAAUCCCGCACUGCCACAGCAUGGCUUGCUGAGAAGGCACAGGAGGAGCCUGGGUAUGCUGCCUUCAAGGCUGGCCAGCACCGCAUCCAACCCAAUGCAGCUGUUGUGGCAUCAUGGCAGUUUGCUGUGCAAUUCUGUGAAAGGUACAGCCAGAAGCCAUGUCCUGAACUGAGUGACAGCUGCCAGCCUUGGAGCCUUGUGAGAGGACCACACAUCAAGAAAAAAGAUGUGCAGGAUGCCCUUGGGGUGGGAUCAAUGUGGAUGGCUGAAGCACAGCAGGCAGUGCACAUCUUGCGGCAAUAUGGUGAAGGGGGAAGCUCACCCAGGCAGGCUGUGAUAGCCAAGUGUGCUUCAACCAGUGAGAAGGCUGGUGCACGAGAUCUUUUGGCCUAUCUGCGCAUGCAGUGA